AUGCUGCGGGAGACACGGGGCGCAGCAGCAGGUCCGCUGUUCUGUGAACAGGAGAGCGGCGUUGGCGCCGUCGCUGCUGCUGCUGCUGCUGCUGCUGCUGCUGCUGCUGCUGCUGUUGCGUAUGGAGGAGUAUGGUCACUGCAGCAGCAGCAGCAGCAGCACCAGCAGCGCCAGCAGCUCGCGCGAGGCAGCAGCAGCAGCAGCAACGAAGACAGCGCGCCGGGCAGACGCGAGACAGCUCAAGCCGCUGCAGCCGCCACACAGGCAGCAGCAGCAACAGCAGCAGCAGCAGCAGCAGCAGCAGCAGCAGCAGCAACGAUGCCGUCCAAUAAGAAGCCAAGCAGCAAGACUGGGGGGAAGGCCCGCAGCAGCAAAGACACAACGUAUCAAGUUAGAGACAUUCGGGGGUACCGAAUAGAAAACAAAGUGGAGAAGUUCUUUGUCUUGUGGUUAGACUAUGCGGACGACGAGAGCACGUGGGAGCCCUGGAGUUCCCUGUCCGAUCUUGGCGGAGAUCUCCGCAAGAAGAUGGACGCUCUCAGAGACAGUUCCCUGUCCGAUCUUGGGGGAGAUCUCCGCAAGAAGAUGGACGCUCUCAGAGACAGGUACAAGGAGUCUGUGAAGCGUCUUGUGUCUCUGCUUGCUGCUGUUGAUGCUGUUGCUGCUGCUGCUGCUGCUGCUGCUGCAGCAGCAGCACUCUGUCGCUUCAGGUAUCCUCUCCGACCUCCAACGCGUCUACAGAAGACACGGGAGGAGAAGCAGCGUCAAGCUCCCCAGCAGCAGCAGCAACAGCAGCAGCAGAAGCAGCAGCAGCAGCAGCAGCUGUUGGCUCUGCUACGCCACAGCAGGCGACAGCCGCAGCAUCAUCUAGCACUCCGCCUACCGGGUCUCCGAGUGCAGCAGCAGCAGCAGAAGGCAGCUGUUGGCUCUGCUACGCCACAGCAGGCGACAGCCGCAGCAUCAUCUAGCACUCCGCCUACCGGGCCUCCGAGUGCAGCAGCAGCAGCAGCAGAAGGAGCAGCAGCAGCAGCAGCAGCAGCAGCAGCAGCAGCAGGGCCGCAUGAGGAGCUGCUGCAGCGCGUGGGACUUAGCCGAAUUUCUACUCGUAAUUUACGUUGUUUGCUGCUGCACCUGCGGCAGUCAGCAGCAGACCAUCGAGCUUUCUUUGAGUCUCCAGAGGAGACGCUGGGUUUGCCUCGUCGUCAGCAGCAGAAGCGCAGCAGCAGCAGCAGCACGAGCAGCAGCAGCAGCAGCAGCAGCAGCAGCUGCUGCAGCAACUUCUUAACAGAUAACACAGAAGACUUCAGCAAGUGCCCCCUCCUCGCCCCACAGCUGUGGGGUCGCUUCCCCGCCUUCGUCGACUGGGGAUCGGAUCCCAGCGGCCGUCUGCUGCUGAAACUCGCUUACUUACACGUACACUUCACACCCGUGCGCUUCACUGCCGCAGCUCUGCGGCGCUCGCUGUCGCCGGAGCCAAAAUUUUCUAUGAGCCGGCAGCUGCUGGAGACGCUGGCGGAGUGGCAGCUCAGCAGGCUUAUAGGGUAUGACUGCGUGUUGAUGCCGCACGACGAGUUUCUAUCGCGCAUAGAUAUGAAUAAGCGGCUGCAGCAGCACUGGCAGUGGACGAAGAAGCGGCUGAUAGCUGACGGUCUGCUGCUGCAGCUCAGAGACCCUGUGCAAGACAUUGUCUUCGUUACAUUCCGAGCCACCAGAGAACAGUUGGAGGACUUUUUGAGGGAGAUGGCUCAGCUGCGCCUCAGCAGCAAACUGAAGAAAGCAGCAGCAGCAAAGCCAGCAGCAAACCGAACGGAGAAGGGUGAGGAGACAGAGGCGGCCAGCGGGCAGCCUUCCAAGCAGCAGCAGCAGCAGCAGCAGCAGCAGCAAGGGACGAAGCAACAGGCGCAGGAAGAGGAGCCGCAACAGCGGGAGGAGAAGCAGCAGCAGCAGAACCAGCAGCAGCAGCAGCAGAAGCAGCAGAAGCAGCAGCAGCACGAAGAAGCAGAGGAUGUGGCUGUCUUGGGAGAGUCAAAGGAGGGCGGUGCCGUCCCCGCGAGGGAGGCGAGUGCAGCCAGCUGCCGAGGCAGCAGCCCCCCGAAGCAGCAGCAGCAGCAGCAGCAGCAGCAGCAGGAGCGGCAGAAACAGCAGCAGCAGCAGCAGCAGCAGGAUGAAGAUGAUGAUGUGUUGCUUGUGGAGGACGCUGUAUGUGGGUCUCAGCCGAGCAAGCGUGCGCGUGUGAGUGCAGAGAGGUUUGCUGCAGCAGCAACAGCAGCAGCAGCAGCAGCAGGAGCAGCAGCAGGAGCAGCAGCAACAGGAGCAAGUAUGUCGCCAGAGGUUGUGGUGGCUGAUGAAGAGGAGGAUGUUGUAGAGAUUACUUCUGAUACAGAAACUGCUGCUGCUGCUGCUGCUGCUGCUAUCAAAGUCUCUGUUAAGUAUGCUUGGCUGCGAGCAGCAGAUGCUGCUGUGACGCAUGCGCUGGAGGUCAUCCGGCAUGCAGAGGAGACAGCAGCAGCAUUCGUUGCUGCAGAGCAACAUGCAGCUAGUAAUACCCACCAGCAGCAGCAACAGCAGCAGCAACAGCAGCAGCAGCAGCAGCAGGAGACAGACACGCGAGAUGAGAGGUUUGCUGCAGCAGCAACAGCAGCAGCAGCAGCAGCAGCAGCAGGAGCAGCAGCAGGAGCAGCAGCAACAGGAGCAAGCAUGUCCCCCGAGGUGAUGCAGCUAGUAAUACCCACCAGCAGCAGCAACAGCAGCAGCAACAGCAGCAGCAGCAGCAGCAGGAGGCAGACACGCGAGAUGGUUGAGAAGCACACCGCAGCAGCAGCAACAGCAGCAGCAGCAGCAGCAGCAGCAACAGCAGCAGCAGCAGCAACAGCAGCAGCAGCAGCAGCAGCAGGAGACAGAUAG